AUGAACGAUGCAUCCACCAGCAGCUAUGAGAACCUUGGCUUUACGGCUAAUCCUUCUCCUUGGCAAGUGAUCAACUACCAGAUCCCCGUGCCCAUCGGCGACUGCUCCGCCCACUUUCUUGUAGACACGGCCACGAAAAAGGUGCACAGGGCGUUUCUCAUGGAUGGCGGCAUGAACGCGGGUAUGUAUGUCGCCUGGGUCCAAAUCCUCAAAGGCCUUCGCUUCAUUGACCUCGAGCUUGGCAAUGGCUGGAAGUUCGACUCUUGGGUCGUCACCCACUGGGACGCAGACCACUACCACGGCGUCAAGGAUCUGCUUCUCAAUAAGGACAUCACCUUUACGCGGUGUAAGCGUGAUGGGAACACCGUCACCAGAAGCAGCCCAAAUAACUUUGCGUCUCUUUAUUUCGCCGAGGACGCCUGGCUAUGCUGCGGUGCAUGGGAUGUGAAAGCCAUGUUCAAUGGAGGAGGCGAUUUUCUACGCCAUUUUGUGAAAGAAAACGAAAGAGAUCGCUGGGACCAGAUGGACACUGCGUCACAGAGGAGUAGUGAAGGAAAAAGGCUCCUUCGAUGCAAAUGGGGUGAGGAACUCAUAGGCUUGGACCUUUUUACUCGCUCUCGCCAGUUCAUCCGCAAAACGGGGCAAGAGUACAAGCCCACAUACAGCCGCAGAAGAUCCAAAGAGGAUUGUGAAAAUCGGCUGGACUCUGACGAGAAUACGGCCGAUGCCGAAAACACACCGCGUUUCUGCGUCGUGGGAGCGAAUGGCUUCGGAAUUGGACAGCCGAAAGCUGUCAAGGCCGGGAGGCCAACACGCAACGAGACGUCCAUCCUUGCUCUCCUCUACUGGAAACGUCAGAAGUUAUGCUCGUAUUACACCGGCGGAGAUGGAUAUCCCGACGUUUUUAACGGGCCUGUACAAACUUGGUUCAACAAGACUUGGCCUAACAGUGACGUUGAAAUGGUCAAGCUGGAUCACCAUGGAUCGACAAGGGAGAAUCUCGGGGGAGCCCACCGCUCAGCAGUCAAGAGCGAAAACAACCCUGAGCAAGAAGAACAACCGUCGGAGUCAGAGUCGGACUCAGAGGCGGAGUCAAACGGGGAAGAACAAGAGGGGCCGCUCACGGACCCGGAAAACAUAGGCCUGAUCAUUGAGUAUAUGGAACCUCGCAAGGUUCUUGUUACCCCAGGAAGCAGCCAUGGGCACCCCACUUGGGACGUUCUGGCCUUUUUGAGAGACUAUUUCGAAAGGCUGUCUGAUGCCAACGGUAACCAGAGUGCGGUGAGACAAGGGUUGUUCACAACUCGCGCAGCGUAUUGGUUCAGUAAAGAAGAGGUUACUCUGAAGGACAUCAACUUUAACCAUCGCCUUGGAGAAGCUUUUGAAGGCCGGAAGCGGUUGACUGUUGGAGACGGCUCUGAGAGCAUCGCAGAAGAGGUUCAAAACGAUGGAGAAGGCGACGAGACAAGUGACGAGGAUUUCGACAUCCUGUACGCCCUUUCGACGGAUGCCCAUGACAGAGCCGACGGGCAGGAAAGGUGGGUAAAAGCGAAGGAAAGAUACGUCCAGUACAUCCUCCAACAAGACAAGAAUAGGCCGCGGCUGGAUCGCAAUGGCAAGACCAAGUACAAUCUCUGGACUGGCAAGGAUGGCAACAAACCUAACUAUGCGGCCGUAAAAAAGGCCGUGAACAUGGCAAUAGAAGACCAAGAUAAGGAGAACAGAUCCAGAGAGGCACUCGAACGCGAAAAGUAUAUGCGUAACCCGCCUAGAAAAGGGACUGAAGCGGCCCUGAAGGAGGAGCUAUGGGCCGCACACAAUGAGUUGAUUGAGACCACUGAUGAUGCUCAGCUAGAGGGAGUGGAAAACUUUGAGGAAAUCUGCUGGCAGCCACUUCCAGCACUUCAGACCGAAGAUCCGCACUUCCUCAUCCGAUUCGAGUUUGGCGAUCGGAGAGAGAACACUGUUUUGCAGGUCUUUGAUGACAGUGGUCAGUUUGAAUACGUCAAAAAAGCUGUGCAGGUCGACAAUGGUAGUGAUCAGGUUGAACUACAAGUCGAGCCAGUCGAACUACAAGUCGAGCCAGUCGAACAAAGUGAGGCGAUUCCGACGGGCCGGCUUGCCGCGGACGACCACAGUCCAUGGGCCAAGUACGCAUACGGCGAAUGCGCUAUCGCGACCAUGCUAUCCGAAGAAUCACUCAAGACCGCACUCGAAUCGAAACGGGGUGCUCGCGCCAAAAAGUCAUCUGGGAAAAACAUGACAGAGCCCCCGAAACGCGAACCGGAGAACAUGGUCUUUAAAUAUUACAACAAGCGAAAAGCUGCUAUCGAUGGAAUCAAGGAGCUGCUCAAAAUGGCUCAGGCUGACGAAGACAUGGGUAACGACAGUACCGCAAAACCGAGAGGGAGACCAAAGAAGCCUACGAACUCUGCGAGCGUCGUUAAAUCUUCCAGGAAAGCAAACAUGGAGGUAGAAGAGAAUGCUACCGACCAGCCGCGGGACCAAGUCCGAACCCUCAGCGAGGAGAAGCCGGGGAUUAUUGGGAAGACAAGAUAA